UGUCUCUCUCUCUUUCUCUCUCUCUCUCUCUCACACACACACACAUCUGGAGGGUGUCUGCUGUGGCUGGGACUCGUCUCCUGCUAUGGGACAGCCCGUGUUCAGAGUAGACGGCAGUCUUCGGUGCACUUCUGCAGAAAGGAGAUCGUGAACAUGGCCUUUAGCAGACAUCCCUCGCUGCAGACUCUGACUGUGCUCCUCCUGCUCUGGGUUUUGGUGAACUGCCAGACAACACUUGAACCUGUGGAAGAGGAUGAAGGAGAACCUGUGGAGGAGACGACAGUGGUGACCAAAUCAGAGGCGUUCCAGUGUCCGCUGGACUGCAGCUGCACGGCAGAGGGCUCGGUGGACUGCGCGGGAGUCGACCUUGUGGAGUUUCCCGCCAAGCUGUCAGAUAAAACCCGUCAGCUCUCGCUGCAGAACAACAAAAUCGAGGAGAUAACAGUGGAGCAUGUAUCUCACCUGUAUCAACUGGAAACGCUCAACCUUCAGAACAACUGGCUCACCUCACACGGCCUUGAAGAUGAAGGAUUUGAGAUGCUGGAAGAACUGGCUUAUUUAUACUUGGCAAACAACAAGCUCACUUCAGCACCAAAGGUACUUCCACCCUCACUGAUCAGUGCUGAUUUUGCUGCUAAUCAGCUCACAAAGAUCUACCCGUAUACGUUUGGCUACAAACCAAAGCUGAGGUCUGUGUAUCUUCAUAACAACAAGCUGACAGAGGCAGGACUUCCUGAUCACAUGUUCAAUGGUUCUAACAGUCUGGAGAUCCUGACCUUGUCCAGCAACUUCCUGCGGGUUGUUCCCAACAACCUGCCGCCCAGCCUUUACCGUCUUCAUCUGAAGAGUAACAAGCUGGAGAAAAUCCCAGCUGGGGCCUUUGACACCUUAUCAAACCUCAGAGAGUUAUAUCUUCAGAACAACCUCCUAAGCAACGAGGGCAUGGACAAUGAUACGUUCAGUCAACUGAGCAGCCUGGAGUGCCUCGAUUUGUCAAACAACAACUUGAGUGUUGUCCCCGGGGGCCUGCCUCGCAAUCUGGUGCUGCUACACCUGGAGAAAAACGCCAUCCGCAGCAUCCCUGGAGACGCUCUCACCGCCGUCCGGAACCUUGAAUACUUGCUCCUUCACAAUAACAAGCUCCGUGCACGCUCCAUCCACCCAGCAUCAUUCAUGGGUUUGAAGAAGCUUCAUACUGUACACAUGUAUAACAACUUGCUGGAGCGGGUUCCCAGGGGUUUGCCUCGACGGGCCAAGACACUAAUGCUGCUCCACAACCAAAUUUCCGAACUUGGCCGCAACGACCUGGCUUUGCUGUAUACGCUGACGGAGCUGAACCUCAGCUACAACAAGCUGACCAGUCCAAAGGUUCACCGCGAUGCCUUCAGGAAGCUGCGGGACCUGGAGAAACUGGACCUGUCGGGGAAUGGCCUUCACUCGUUGCCACUGGGUCUUCCCCGCAGCCUGCAGGUGCUGGAAAUCAAGAACAACCAGCUCAACUCAAUACCAGAUGGAGCACUGACGGGCAUGGAGAAGCUACAAAAGAUCAUCCUGAGUGACAAUCAGCUGAAACUGAACUCAGUCUACCAGGGAGCUUGGAUGGAGCUCAGUGCGCUCACAACAUUAGACCUGUCUGGAAACCAGCUGACACACAUCCCCUCUGACCUGCCUGAGUCUCUGGAGUAUCUUCACCUGCAAAGUAACCGCAUCUCUGCCAUUCCUGAGUCAGCAUUCGAAGGCACUCCGAACAUCAAAGGCAUCUUUUUACGGUUUAACCGUCUUUCUGUGGACGCUGUGGACGAGAGCUCGUUCGCCCAUCUGUCUAACUUACAGGUGCUGGACAUCGGCUCGGGAAACAAGAGAGAUGAUCUGGAGGGGGACGAGGACGAGGAGGAAACUUAAACUGACAUUGGACUGACAUGGACUUUGAGAUGGGACUGAACCUGUGAAUGUGUGAAUUUAUUUCACACGUCCAUUAUCGUUUGUUGAAAGAGGCGCAUAUUUCUGGUGCAGGAUACCGGAUGAAGUUACGUUAGUUUCCAUUGUAUGGGCUGGUUAGUAAUGCAUAAACUGUACCUGAGCUUUGAUAUUUUUUUACAUCUACAUGGUUUUAUAAAGAAAUGCACACAAAAAGUCACAAAAAUCCCUGUGAAGUUCACGCUGUAAAAGUCUCAAUCAUUAUGAGAAAGCAUGAAAAAGGACAGAUGUUCACACUGUCAUUACGUCUGCUUUAUUUUCUUUUUAAUUCUUUUGUUAAUGGGUGCCUCGUUAAACAGACUUUAAAAAGUGUUUUUACGGCUAAUAUUGUGAAGCCAUUUGUGUUGAAAACACCAGGACGACCGGUGAGUACGGUGGCUCGUAAGUUCAAAACAAUGUUACAAAAUUUGGGACAAAUUUACACUCAGGACAAAAAGAUU